AAAACUCCUUCCCGUUAGUUUUGCGUCUUUAGCCCCUUGGCCUACGCUCCAAGCACCUGUUGCCGCCAGCAACGCAUCGCGCCACCGACUGGCUCUGCCUCUGUUCGAUCCUGGGCCAUCCAAGCGUAUCCGGAAAGUUGCCCGAAACUUCACUCUCCAUCUCUCUCUACGAUCCGUUCCAUCACAGCCGCGCGUCGCCAAUCUCCAUCCAGCCAUCGCCACCACUACCAUUCGCCGGAUUCCGCGUUCGCCUGCCGUCGUCCACGUUCGUUGCCUCUAUCGCCGGGUUCUUUGGUUUUGACCUUGCCUUUUCGUCACCUUAGGCAUUGAUGCGAUUACAGUGCUUAUCGCCUUGAGGUAUGUUUUGCUCACACAGCCAUGUCUCUCCGCAACCAUGUUGAUGAAAUUGACGUUGAGCAUCCUGCUGACAAGGAAGAUGGUGUGGUUGAUGAGGACAUGGAAGUUCUUCAGAGAGCCUAUAGGCUUGCUGGUGUUAAUCCUGAGGAUUAUAUUAAUCCCAGGUUGUCAUCACCUGCUGCCGGAGAUGCUGAUCCUGGUUCUGAUUCUGAUGAUGUUGAUGAUUUCGAACUUCUUCGAGAUAUUCAGAAUCGGUUCUCGAUUUUGGCUGAUGAGCAGCCGCAGAGUACACCAGUGUCUGCAGACGAGGAGGAAGAUGAAUUUGAGAUGCUUCGUUCAAUACAGCGGCGCUUUGCAGCGUAUGAAAGUGAUACUUUGAGCAAUAAACCCAAUCAGUCUCGUGACUAUGUUGGAUCUCUGAAGUUGGAUUCUGACGACAUAGCUGUUGAGAGCCAGACAUCCUCAAAACGGCCAUCCAUGCUAGCCUUUGAAAAGGGAAGCUUGCCAAAGGCCGCGUUGGCAUUUGUUGAUGCCAUCAAGAAGAAUAGGUCCCAGCAGAAGUUUAUUCGUAGUAAGAUGAUUCAUCUUGAAGCUAGAAUUGAGGAGAACAAAAAGCUCAGAAAACGUUGCAAAAUUCUCAAAGAUUUCCAGGGUUCAUGUAAGCGAAGAACAAGUUGUGCACUGUCUCAAAUGAUAGAUCCUCGAGUCCAGUUAAUUUCAGCUGCAAAACCACAAGCAAAGGAUUCAUCAAAGAAGGACAAACGACUAUCUGGAAUGUAUUAUGGCCCGGAUGAGAAUUCUCAUGUUGCGUGUUACAGAAUGGGAUUGGCAAAGUUCCCCCCUGUUGAUCGAAAGAAAUGGUCCAUUGUAGAAAGGGAGAAUCUAGGGAAGGGAAUAAGACAGCAGUUUCAGGAGAUGGUGCUUCAGAUUUCAGUGGAUCAAAUCAGUGGGCCACAAGGAAUUUCUGGAGAUUCAGAUGAUUUGGAUAACAUUCUUGCAUCAAUAAAAGACCUUGACAUCGCUCCUGACAAGAUUAGGGAAUUUCUGCCAAAAGUUAAUUGGGACAAAUUGGCUUCCAUGUAUCUUCAGGGUCGCUCAGGUGCAGAAUGUGAAGCAAGAUGGUUGAAUUUUGAAGACCCCCUAAUUAAUCGAGAUCCAUGGACUACAAGUGAGGAUAAAAGUCUUUUGUUUACUAUCCAACAGAAGGGGUUGAAUAACUGGAUUGAGAUGGCAGUUUCAUUGGGCACAAACAGAACUCCUUUUCAGUGCCUGUCUCGGUAUCAAAGAAGUUUAAAUGCUUCCAUAUUAAAGAGGGAGUGGACCAAAGAGGAGGAUGAUAGACUUCGAUCUGCUGUUGCUACAUUUGGCGUGAGAGAUUGGCAGGCAGUAGCUUCUACUUUGGAAGGACGAGCUGGCACACAGUGCUCUAAUAGGUGGAAAAAAUCCCUUGACCCAGCUAGGACAAGAAAAGGUUAUUUCACUCCAGAUGAAGACAUUCGCUUGAAAAUUGCUGUACUGCUCUUUGGGCCCAAAAAUUGGAACAAGAAAGCAGAGUUUUUGCCUGGUCGGAAUCAAGUUCAAUGCAGAGAAAGAUGGUUUAAUUGUUUAGAUCCUUCCUUGAGAAGAUGUGAGUGGACAGAAGAGGAGGAUUUAAGGCUGGAGAUAGCAAUUCAGGAACAUGGAUAUAGCUGGGCUAAGGUAGCUGCAUGUGUGCCAUCACGUACAGAUAAUGAGUGUCGGAGGAGAUGGAAGAAGUUAUUUCCCGAUGAAGUUCCUUUGCUCCAGGAAGCUAGAAAGAUUCAGAAGGCUGCUCUUAUUAGCAACUUUGUUGAUAGGGAAACAGAGCGUCCUGCUCUUGGUCCUGCUGACUUUCGACCCAGGCCAAAUACAGAUUCAUUAUGUAACACUGAUGGUCCAAUACCUGCCCCAAAAAGAAAUGUGAAAACAAGAAAGAUGCCAGUGUCAAGGAAUGAAAAGAGUGCUACUGGUGAUGCUCCAAAGAAGAGGAAAUCAAAUUAUCAAAGGUUUCAGACUGAUGCAACUGCUCAGGUGGGUAUUGCAUAUAAUACCUCUUUUGUCCCAGAAGAGGUUCAAUCUUCAAAGCCUCAAAGAAAACGAAAUAGACGUGGAGCUUAUACUGCAAAGAGAAUAGGGGUACCGGAACUACGUUCUGACAGCGAGUGGUGUGCUAAACAGAAUUUGGACACUGAGAGCCUUGGGUUGCAGCUGAAUAGUAAGGAAUCUGAGAGGAGCAACAGUAACUGUACCGAGACUGUUGAUGAGAAUAUUAUGGAAGUUCUUGAGAACAAAGUUGCAGAGAAGCUUACUGAAGAAAAUGCAUGCUUCUCAGAACCAGAAAAAAAUCAAAACUCAACCGGAUCUUCUGGAGUCUCAGUAUUGUCAGAAAUGACUAACGACUUGGUUGACUAUAAUCCCUCUAUCCUCACAGAUACAACAUUGUUUGCUAGUACUACUGUGGAUGAUAUUGAAGAAUUGAAGGGGAAGAGUGCUGCAGACAGGGAUUUGGAUGACAGUAAUAGUUUCUCGUUAGCACACAGUUGCUUAGAACUCCGGACAGUUGACAGUGAAGGCGUAGACAGUUAUUCUGUGGACGAAUAUACAGCUAAGAGCAAUGGGGUUUGUAAUCCCACCCAAGGCAGAAGGAAGAAAAAUAGCAAAACAUCAAAUAACAGCCAUGAUAAUUUGCUUAUUCCUCGUCAACAAAUUGUGCAAGAGACAUUGGGAACGAAGAAGCCUCUUCAUCAUAAUCAAUCAAAGAAGAGAAAACAUAGCAAUACAGGUCCAAGUACGUUAAAAACAUCGGAGGCAGUUGAGGAGGUUGAUGACUGCACUCUCGUGGGGUUCUUGCAAAAAAGAUUGAAGAGGACGGCAAUGACACAUAACGAGACAGUUGAUUGCAGUUCUAAUGCUCCUUUAAAAGUUGAUAAUGACGAUAAUGAGCCUACCAUUGCCUCGUUUCUUAAUAAAUUGAAGAGAAAAAAGCAUCAGCGGCCUAGUGGUGAUGAGUUAAAUUAAGGUAGGAUUACAUAGUUUUGUUGCAUUUUUGGGAUGCCUCAGCAACAUCACAUUGAAUCUCGGAAGAAGGUUGAUGGAAGGCUCUGUACAAAUGAAGCUUCCAGGGCUGCAAAUGGCUAAAUGCUCAACCGUACGUUUGAUUCUAUGGUUGACACAUUUUUGUUUCAUGAUUUAGCUAAGAGGGCUUUAGCAAUUUUGUUUUGUUAUGGUUGAUUUCAUCUUUUUUUUUCCCUCUUCUAAUUUGUUCAUUUUUUUUGAGAAGGUUGGAUAAUCUUCUCUUUGUACAUUCAUAUCACAAUCUUAAUGAAAUUAUGAGGUAUGAAUAGGUUUGAGUUAUUUUCUUUCUUUUU